AUGGGCAGAACAAAAAAGGAUCUAAUUCCAACACGCUUGACGGUCACCAACUUUGUUGGGGGCAUCACUAAGACUUAUGGAAUACUAGAUGCGUACGUCAUAGUUGACACCACUUCUAUCACUUACAAUACGCUGCUUGGCAGAGACUGGAUCCAUCAGAGUCUAUGUGUUCCUUUCACUUUGCAUCAGCAGUUAGCUAUUUGGCUUGAAGAAGGUUUCAUGGAAAUAGUAGAGGCCGAUCCACGACCAUUUCUACCUUGUGUCAUGUGUUUUGAGGCCAGGUAUUGUCAUGAUGAUCUUGGUCCUUUUACAUUCUUUGGAGUCAACCAGAACGGCCGCCCCAUGGUGUCACGACCUAGAGACUCAUUGAAAAUGGUCUAG